AUGGAGACCUUGAGCGAUGAGCUGUGGGAUCUGGUGAUUGCUGGGACCAGCAUCCCACAGUCCCUUCUAGCCUUGUCACUCUCGCGUUCGGGCAAGAGGAUUCUACAUGUUGACCGCCACAGCUAUUACGGCGGCGAUGAUGCCGGCUUGAGUUUGCAAGACGCAGAAAACUGGGUGCAGGAGCUGCGGAACUCCAACAGCACAGUCUACAAAGAUGGCUCUAUCUUCAAAGCCGCAGCUGAGGCGACGCCCUCCGUCACAUCACUGGGACCUUCACGAUCGUACACCUUGAGUUUGAACCCCCAGAUCAUAUACGCAAAAUCCGACUUCCUUCCCACGCUGGUUUCGUCACGGAUCCAUACUCAACUGGAGUUCCUCGCUGUUGGGUCAUGGUGGGUCCUGCGAAAUGGACAGUUGCACAAGAUUCCGAGCACGCGUGAGGACGUAUUCAACGACGAGUCACUGUCAAUGAAGGACAAGCGUGGCCUGAUGAAAUUCCUUCGAUACGUGCUUCAAGAAGAGGAGGAGGGAGCACCAAGCUCCGAGGAGGAAGAUACCGGCAUGUCACUCAAGGCAGCCAUAUCAAACAAGUUCAAGAUCCCAGUGUCGCUACAGUCGCCUCUACUCGCACUCGCACUGUCUCCUGUUAACGCUGAGUCGAUGCCGUUCAACCAGGCGCUGGCAAGGAUCAGAAGACACUUGAGGUCCAUGGGCUACUUCGGCCCUGGAUUUGGUGCUGUGAUACCAAAAUAUGGUGGAACCUCGGAGAUCUCACAGGUGGCCUGCAGGACCCAAGCUGUGGGUGGAGGAGUCUACCUGUUGGGUCACGGAGUGAAAAGUCUGCACGUACCUCUACAAAACGAGGAGGACGCUCCAGCGGUCGAAAUCUCUCUUUCCAACGGCACACGAGUCCGGUCUCGCUACGUGGCUGGCAGUCUAGACGAUAUUCCGUCAUUAACUGAUUCUUCGACAGGUCAGCAAUCACCCAGCACGACUUGGAGAUCCAUCAAUGUGGUCGCCAGUCCGCUGAGCUCACUUUUCCCUCCAACCUCUGAGCAUGGGCCCAGCCCUGCGGUCGCAAUAGUCCUCAUCGACGAUGGUCUUAGCAACAAUCCCAUAUAUCUUCAGGUUCACUCAGAGGACACGGGGGAGUGUCCGGCAGGUCAAUGUAUUGUGUAUGCUUCCACGGUGUCGGAAGAGCACGCUGCCAAAAGUCGACUUGAAGCUGCGGUAUCGGCAUUCCUUGAGACUGCCAGUGCGACAGAUGCAGUUCUUUGGUCUGUGUCUUAUCGGAAAAGUGAGCCCUCUCCUGGUGGGACUCCUAGACCUCCAUCACUACAGAAACCUUCGCCGCAGGUCUUGGUGUUUGGCCGGCGGGCGCACGAUAUUGCGUUCGAUGACAGUGUGCUUGAGGCUGUUCAAAAAGCUUGGGAGUGUGUUCUGGACGAACACACCGCUGCCGAAAGCUCAUUCCUGAGAUUCGAAGAACGAGAGGGUGAGGUCGAAGACUAA